UCGAAUAGGCCGUCCACAUCCUCUGCGGGCCUCCGCCGCCGUCUCUCCGGUGGCAUCUCUUUGCGUUGUAGCUUCCGGAGACCGAGACCGACGGGUCAGUCAGCGCAGUGAAGAGCUAAAAAAAUAGCCAAAAAUCAACAACUUCAAAGAUUUGUAGAAAAAGCGAAGCACUGGCCGUGGCCAACCUUCCAUGAAUUUUCAUGGCGGCAUUUUCCUGCCAGGUUCCUCCCCCUCCGGAUGAAUUAAUCAGUUGGCCACUGAAGAUCAACGGUACGGGCAAUCCCAGUAAACAAAGGGACCCUUUCUUUGCCUUUUUCCACUCGGUGAGAGAUCGAUGGCCACAGGAGGAUUAGAACUUUCUAAAGAGUAUUUUAUGCUGGUCAUCAGGGGGAUGAUGAUGGGUCUGAAGUUCCAAAUCGAGAAUCCAAACGACGAUGUAGUUUGGCAGAGUGGGUGUUAAUGUUCACUGUGCUCUUUGUUCUUGACAUGAUUUUUAAUGUGUUUCUGAUAUUGGUGUAGUGUUGAUGGAGAUGCGAUGCGACAGCGUGAACUAGAGACGAAGUUGGAAGCCAUGGUGAAACGUGUGGAGGAAUUGGAGGAAAAACUUGCAUCCUUUCAUCAUUCCAGUUCAAGAUCAUCAUUUGAUCCAUCACAAAGAAGGGGUUUCCAAUUGCAUUUUGAUGGCAAACUGCUUGCUACCACGUACACUUACAGCGGGAUAGAAUCUGAGGAUAGUAAACCUGUUAAAAUAGUUAUAUAUGAUGCUUCCAAUAAAAUUAUAAGUUCUGGCCCUCUAUCUUCAAUGAAAGUUGGAAUUGUGCCCCUUGAUGGUGAUUUUGGGGCUAAUGAUCAAGGGGACUGGACUGAGCAGGAGUUCAAUGCAAAGAUCGUUCAUGCAAGAGAGGGCAAAAAACCAUUGGUGACUGGGGAAUUAGAAAUUAUAUUGAGAAAUGGUGUUGGUGAGAUUAAAAAUGUCAGCUUUACUGAUAAUUCAAGCUGGAUAAGAAGUCGAAGGUUUAGAUUAGGUGCAAGAGCUGUUUCAAGUAUUCCCAAUGAAGUCAGAGUUAGAGAAGCUAGAAGUGAACCCUUCAUGGUAAAAGAUCAGCGAGGAGAGCCUUAUAAGAAACAUCACCCUCCAAAUUUGGGUGACGAAAUAUGGCGCUUGGAGAAAAUAUCAAAAGACGGUGUUUCCUAUAAAAGUUUAUCCAAAAAUGGAAUUACCACUAUUGAGCACUUCCUGAGGUCAUAUUACAUGGAUCAAUCUUCACUACGCAAGUUACUUGAUCAUAUCUCAGACAAGCAAUGGAAGACAAUCACAGAGCAUGCUACUGCUUGCGUUCCAGAUGAUAAAUUGUAUACAUACCACAGGGAAGGAGAAACGCUUGUAUUCAAUUCCGUCUUCAAGGUUGUAGGAGUCACCUUUGAUGGCCAAUAUUACCACUCUCUUGAUGAGCUCGAUGCAGUCCAUAAGGAUUGGGUCGAGAAGAUGGCGAGUCUCGCUUACAAAAAUAUCAAUGACUUCGUUCAACUUGAUCCAUUGUUAUUCCCCUCACUACCAUCGAACCAGCUAGCUGAUCCAUUGUUAUUUCCCCCACUACCAUCGAACCAGCUAGCUGAUCCAUUGUUAUUUCCCUCACUACCAUCGAACCAGCUAGCUGAUCCAUUUGCUAAUCCAAGUGCAAGCCUGGAGCAUUCGAACUUUGCAGGACUAAAUCAAGAUAUGCAUCAGUUUCACCAACCGGCUUUGGACAGACUCGAGUCCUCGCAACAAAAGGAGGCGGCUCGAAAGGAGUCUCAGCCACAUAGCGCCCCGAUUCCCUACUCUGAGGAAGUAGAGGAAUGGGAGAUUCCCUUGCCUUGGCAGAGCAAACGGGCCAGGGUGGAUGAAGAAGGCACAAGCGCGACUGGGACGACCACAGAGCCUACUUUUGGUGACCUUUCUGAUUGGUCAACCCCUGACUUUAGCCAUUUUUUCGAGGAAGGAGUCCCGCCGGAUAUGCCUUUGCCAUUUAUUCCCAGGACAUAUGCUCCCUUGGAGGCUAGGAGGCAGGCAGAGAAAGAACCCGAGGCGCAAAAAGCGCAGGCUCAAUCAAAGAGGUCCCGUGUCCCACGUGUGACCUUGCCACCCAAGAGGGGGCAAAUCCGAGUUCGACUUCCCUGGCAAUUGGUAAAAAAGAUCCGCUUUGGCCUGAGGCUGAUCUAUCCGACGGUGAAGCCCCGUGAUGAGCAAGAUUUUUUGAGAAAUACAUCAAAGGCUCUAAAUACUGCGGAGCAAUGCCGAAUCGAGGGCAUACAACGACAGGUUAUGGCUACCACGAAUACUCGGGCAGAUUUGGCCAAGGGUCGAACAAACGUACAGAAGUUAAUUCAGGAUGGCUUACGCCUCCAAGAUGAGCUGAGGCAUCUGGAAGGUAAGGUCGGGGACCUUGAGGACUACCGGGACAAAACCCUGGGCCACGAGCGAGACACUAAUGGAAUAAGGGGGGAGUGGAAAUCCCUAGAGAAUGAAGUUCGCCAACUGAAGGGAAAGCUGGAGGAACAACAAAAGAUUGAGGCAGCCUUUCACGAGGCCAACGCCUCGGUGAUAAAGGAACAUAACCGAGCCCUGGAGGAGAAGAAUCACUUGGAGACACAACUCCAGGAGGGGAAGGGGAAAGUUGAAAAACUGGCCCGACAGCUAGGAGAGAUGGACAUCGGCACCAUUCGGGCGGAGGCGGUCAAAGAAUUCUGACUUUCUCAAAUAUGUCACGAAGAGAAUUGAGAGCUAUGCUUAGGCUUUGUCAAGUAUGACUUUUAUCUUCCCUCCUCCCACGUGUGUGGGGACAAUACGUGGGUUUUAAGGUGAGAGAUUUCACCUUUUGCAUCUAAAUAUGAGUUUUAUCUGGCUCGAAACUACCCGAAGAACAUACGUGAUAAAUUUAUAAUUUUUUA